GGCGAGCCUUUUAUAGCCUAGGAAGUAGUUGUAAUUGAAAUUUUUAGUGUUUUGAUAAAAAAAAUGAAAAUUGCUUUUAGAUGUGAACAAGGUUUUAGACAUGAUAUACUUAGUAGGAAUAUUGAUAAUAUUGAUGCAUGUAAUGGGCAUUCAGGCUGAUUGCCAAAUAACCCAGAACAUGGUGGAGAAUACGAAUCGCAUAUUCACUUAUCGUAAUGCCGGAGGAGCCGUUGAGCUCUUGCGCACAGAGCGAGUGCCGCAAGGAAGGACGCUUUAUAUGGUCUGCACAGAGAGGGAUGUGGUGGAGACCCAAUGCCAGGAUAAUGGCCACUUCACAGAGCCGUUACCCAUGAGCUGCGACGAGCCAAUGCAGCCAAGGGUAAUGCAGAAACGCGGUUCUGACUGCCCUGAAACGCUGUACAUAGUCGGCUAUAUGAUGAAGGGACAACAGCUGGAGCUCUUUCGCACCUGCUAUGAUAGGCCCAAUGGACGUGUUCUGUACUCGCAAAGCGAUCUCUACUACAAGAGCUACUUUGCCAAACGACCUUUGGUGCACUUCAAUACGGAUCAGAUAGUGGAGCCCGCUGAGGCAGCUGCCUAUAUGAAGCAUCGGAUCUACGAUGAAUUUCAAGCUGUUUUUGGCAAAAAUCAAAGGUACUUGCCCCGCUCCAACGAUCUGGUGAUCAAUCGCGGCCAUUUGGUGGCUUCAGCGGACUUUCUAUUUGCUGAUCAAAUGGUCAGCACAUUUCGCUACAUCAAUGUGGUGCCGCAGUUCAAGAGCAUCAACGACGGCAAUUGGCAUGAAAUUGAGCGUUGGCUGCGCAAUCAAGUGACUCCCCAGCAGCCAUUUCGUAUUCGAACUGGCGGCAUCGACAUCCUUAGGCUGCAGGACGAAAAUGGCAAUGAGCGCUGCGCUUGCUUAGCCGACUCCAAGCUGCCGGUGCCCAAGUGGAUCUAUAAGGUGGUGCGUGACACUCAGGGCAAUGGCAUCUAUGUGUUUCUCUCCUAUAACAAUAUUUUUGAGAGUCGCCGUCCGCCACUGCUAUCCACCUGUCAGCAUGUCGCAUGUCCACUCAGCCUGCCCGACAAUCCAAAUGACGGUUUCAUUUUUUGCUGCAAUCCAACGACUUUUCCAUACUGAGACUUACAUUUUUAAGCAUUUUAUCUUCGAAUACAUUCACCGAAAUUUAAUGCUUCAUUGAAAAUUUGAAAUUCAAAUCGUUUGGGUCUUAUUUAAGCCCAUUUAAAAUGCGCCUUUGAAUAAUUUAGUAUAUUUACUUAACGGUCCUGCGCUUAUUAGACAACAGUAAACGAUUAGCAAGCGUGCACUGCGCCAAAAAGUAGACCACAUAUAUUGUUAAUAUGUUAUAAAGACCAAGAAUUACUCAGGACAACAUAUAAAAUAUAUUAAAUAAAUUAAAAAAAAAAAACU